UCUUGGGUGCAGGGGGAACAUUUCGUCAGCGGGGGCGCGUAACAUCCAUCUCCUUCGCCGUGAACUCACCUCGCAGCUAGUUUGUCCUGUAGGGAAGGAGGAAGGGCUACGCAUCGUCCAACAUGCUGUGGGUAGAUAAGCACCGACCCAAGUCCUUGGACAGCCUCGAUGUUCACCCAGAGCUAACAACGAGGUUGGGUGCUAUGUCGGAAGACGGCGAAAUCCCGCACCUUCUGUUCUACGGACCCGCCGGUUCCGGGAAAAAGACACGGGUGUUGGCACUCCUGAAGCGCAUCUACGGCCCGGGGGCAGAGAGGGUGAGGCUGGAGCACCGCAGCUUCAAGACGCCCAGCAACCGAGUUGUGGAGCUCACGACGGUGGCCUCGAACUAUCACAUCGAGAUGUCGCCGGGGGACGCGGGGAUCUACGACCGUUACGUGGUGCAGGACAUCAUCAAGGAGAUCGCACAGAGCCGAUCGAUCUCGGCGAGUAUGGGCGGGGGUGGGAGCGACGACAAGAAAUCGAAGAUCGGUCACAAAGUGGUGGUGUUGGUUGGAGUUGACCGGCUGACGAAGCAGGCGCAGGCGGGGCUGAGGCGAACGAUGGAGAGGUACACUUCGUCGUGUCGACUAAUCUUGCUGUGCCACAGCCCUAGCAAAGUGAUCGAGCCGGUUCGAUCCCGUUGCCUCGGCGUGCGGGUCCCGGCACCCUCUGAGUCGGAGGUUUGCAGCGUGCUUACGUCGGUGUGCCGAAAGGAGUCCCUCACCCUGCCGCCCGCACUGGCCGCGCGUGUGGCCAAGGCUUCGAAGCGGAACCUCAGACGGGCGGUGCUGAUGAUCGAGGCGUGUCGAGUGCAGCAGUACCCUUUCUCGGAGGACCAAGAGGUACAGAUGACGGACUGGGAGAACUACAUCACACAGCUGGCCAGGGAGGUGGUCUUGGAGCAAAGUCCUCGCAGGCUGCUUGAGGCGAGGGAGAAGCUGUACGAGCUCCUGACCAACUGCAUCCCGGCCGAUGUCAUCCUCAAGACGUUGACGCGAGAGCUGGUCAAGAACCUGGACUGUAAGCUGUGGGGCGAGGUGUUCAAGUGGGCGGCCUUCUACGAGCACCGGCUGCACAUGGGCAGCAAGGAGAUCCUCCACCUCGAGGCAUUCGUCGCCAAGUUCAUGUCCAUCUACAAGGCGUACAUAAUCGCAGAGUUCAUGUAAGAUUGAACUGGCACCAAGCACCUCCGUGCCAUUUUCUUGGGCGACAGCUGGGUGGGACGAGGUGAACGUGUCUAGGUGAACGUGUCUAGUUUCCGCCAGCCCCCCCGCGCGCGCUUGUCCAACCCUCCGUGAGGGUAGGGGGUAGGGUUAGCUCGUGACAACCCGCUGCGUUACUAGAUGAGAACAAUGUCAUCACAUCAGGUACCGGCAGAUCCAGCUGUGUGCCGUGUAGCUCUGGGUGGAUUGUCCCCGGUGGGACGUGGAGCAUUGCGGUUAUUGGGUGGUGCGGGACGGCCUUUCGCAACCGAGAUCGAACGAAUCUUCGCCGUGAAGCUGGGGAUGUCGCAGGAAUUAGCGCCGUCUCUUCGUGGGUGCGUUCGUUUUGGGGUUGUACCGCUCACGGAGGCAUCCGCAAGAGAGUUUUGGGCACUUGGCAAUGCUUGCGGGAGGACGGCGCGCUGCGGCACGGCCCAACCCGAAAAGCACAAGCCCAAGUAUACCGUAGUCCACGCAGUUUUUCUCUCUCAGUAAGCAAACAGCGGGGGCUGCUGUGUGUGGCUGUCCGCCCGUGGGGCGUUCUGGGUCAAGAGGAGGCAAAAUGCAGAGGGGCGAACGUUCGUUGAGGGAGGUGGACCACAUCUGGUGGACAAUUGACGGGCAGUUUUUUUUUAUCAGUAACCAUGAAAACAAAUCCACCCCAAUCCAUGGAUAAUAUUUUGUUAAGAGAAUCAAUCUCUGCGGUGCUGGUGACCCGAUUUGUCCGAUCGGGCCUUCCUCUUCUACGCACCGGAGUUGACUGUAAAAGAAGGUAAAUCAUGUCACAACGAAGACAGCAUCGCGAGCUUCUGAUCCAUGAUGCCCUUCCCUUGCUGUCAUGUGUAGACCGAGGCCAGCUUUAUAUGACGCAUGGCCUGAGCGCCCGUUUUGUGGACGUAAGGCCGUCGAGGCACAAAUGAAACAAAU